CUGGGAAAGUGGGAAUAGCAAUGGCUUGUGUCGGUUUGAUUGCUAUUCUCACCACCUUAUCUGUAUAUUGCACUCGGAAGAGAAAAACAAGAGAUGAAGUUGCAGAAGAAGAAUUAGAGUUAGAUUCCCCAACAAAUAAAGAACGACAUGCUGAAGAUGGAGAACAACCAAGCUUAUCUUUUUUCAGCAUCAAAACCAUAAUGACUGCAACAAACAAUUUCUCAAAUGAGAAUCAACUAGGGCAGGGUGGAUUUGGUUCUGUAUACAAGGGCUUACUAGAUAAUGGACUAGAUAUAGCAGUGAAAAGAUUGUCUCAAGGUUCUAGACAAGGAACUCAAGAGUUCAAGAAUGAAAUUAAGGUGAUUGGAAGAUUACAACACAGGAAUCUUGUAAAAUUACUUGGUUAUUGCAUUCAUAAGGGAGAAAGGAUGUUGAUAUAUGAAUACCUACCCAACAAAAGCUUGGAUUUCUUUCUCUUUGACUCAAAUCAUAGAAUGUCAUUAGAUUGGGACACACGUUUUCAUAUUAUUUUUGGAAUUGCUCGAGGUCUUCUAUAUCUUCAUCAAGAUUCAAGGCUGAAAAUAAUUCAUAGAGACCUUAAAGCUAGCAAUGUUCUUUUAGAUGCUACAAUGAAUCCCAAGAUUUCAGAUUUUGGCAUGGCUAGAAUAUUUGGUGAGGAUCAACUCGAAGCAAAAACGCGACAAAUUGUUGGAACAUAUGGUUACAUGUCUCCAGAAUAUGUAAUGAUAGGACAAUAUUCAGUGAAGUCUGAUGCUUUUAGCUUUGGUAUUCUUUUGCUGGAGAUUAUCAGUGGCAAGAGAAGUACCUAUUGUGAUAAAGAAAGAUCAUCCCUAAAUUUGAUUGGGCAGGUGUGGGACUUAUGGAAAGAAGGAAAAGCCUUGGACAUAAUGGACUCAACACUUGGCAAAUCAUAUCCUCUUGACACAGCCCUAAGGUGUACACAAAUUGGGCUCUUAUGUGUACAAGAAAGUGCCUUCUAUAGACCAUCCAUGUUAGACGUUGUUUUCAUGCUUGGCAAUGAAGUAAGUAUACCCUCACCUCACAAGCCUGCUUUCCUAUUCAAUUAUGAAAUAAAGCAAUCAGAGUCUUCAUCAUCGGGAGAUCCUUCAGUAAACGCUAUGACUACUACUUCAAUCGAUGCUCGGUAAACAUGACUUGGGAGAUAUGAGAGAAAUGUACUUAAUCAAUCAUCUUAUGUCUUUUUUGUUGUUAGAUACUUAGAUUUGGAAUUUUGGAUUAUUCUACUUGACUUUGUAUCAAGGUUUGUAUUUAUCCAUGUUACUUUUAUAAUGCAUAGAUAACUAAAAAAUAUUC